AUGUCCACGAAGUCUGAUGUUGUUCCGCUUCCGCCUGCUAGCGCGAAUGUCAAACCGUUGAACUACAGGGAACAAUUUCAGGGCCGUGAAGUUGUUUCUAGGUUUAUCGACCCUUGUGAAGCCGCAUCCAAGGCGACGAUGGCAUGGAAUGCAAGAACGCUUGGAUUGAGCAAAGGAAAGACGAUCGUAGAAAUGGAAGACCGUCUUCCUGAGCGACUCCUCUUCUUCUGA